AGUCCGAGUGAACAGGAGACCUCCGCGGACCUCACUAGGGGACGCUGUCAGACCGCAUGCGGAGCGGCGCAGGUGAAACCGCAGCUCCUCCUACGACAGCGGCCGGCUGGAGCUUGAUGCUCCUCAGCGCGGAACCGAGAAGUCAGCUCGCUUCUCGGGAAGUGCUUCGAAACACCAUGCAAUAAGGAAAGAAGGAGGAGGAAAGCAGGGAAUAAAACGCAAAGUACCCGAAGGAGGACAGGACGGCAAAAAAAAAGCGGAAAAUGCAGCCCCCGCCCCGAAAGGUGAAGCAGACCCAGGAAGUGAAGCUGGCCUUCUCUGAGCAGGUGGUCUGUCUGCAGGGCAAGCAGCAGCUGGGUGCCGAGCUGCUGGAGGACAUCAGGUCCUUCAGCAAGCAGAGGGCUGCUGUUGAGAAGGAGUACGGCCAGGCCCUCCAGCGGUUGGCCAUGCAGUAUCUGAAGAAAGACAAAAUAAAAGGAGACUCUGCAAGCUCUUGUGGUGUGUUUGCAGUGUGGCGCUCUCUGGUGGAGGCGACAGCACGUUGCGGGGCAGCUCGUAUUAGCACCGCGGAGGGAUACCGCUCGCUGACAGCUGAGGUGAUGAAGACGCUUCGGGUUUCCCAGGAUCAGCGGGCCAAGCGGGUCAGUACUGGAGGAGGCCGCUUCUGUCUGCCGGCGCCCACACCUCCUCACCUGUGCUCCAGGCCCAUCUGUGGGGUCCAAUGUGGCCGAAUGGCCCCUCCUCCAGCCGCACCGCCUGACAGUAAUCAGGGGCAGCCUGACUGCCUGCAUCUCUGGUGCUCAGUCCUCUUUCUCUCUUCCCCUCAUGUUUGUCCCGCGGGGAAGCUCCAGGCACGCCUGACCGACUGCCACUGCCGCCUGACUGAGGUGCGCAACGAGAACCUCCUGGCCCUGGCGGGUGUCUGCGCGCACCAGCGGCACUACGACUCCGUGGAGCUCCCCGCCAUCAUGAGGGAGAUGGACGCUGACUUGUUUGACCAGCUUCGAGAGCAGUUCACCCUGCUGUGCAGCACGGAGAUCGACGCCUGUCACUUGACACAGAGCGAGUUUGCCAGGAUUCAGAAGGAUGCGAGCCAGGUGACCCGCGAGGAGGAGCUCCAGAUCUUCCUGCGAGAGACCCCGACCUUCAGCCGCUCCUGGGAGGUCCACUUCCAGGCGGUGCCCGGCGACGAGGUGAGUACCCUGCAGCACUUGAGCACCUCCCCAGGAGACGACAGCUGCUUGGACAAGGAGGCACAGAAAUGGGCCACCAAGGCUGCGAAAGACUACAAGAUCAUAGCUCAUGGGGGGAGGGCCCUGCAGACCUUGGAUAGGCGGCGGUCCCAACUGAAGGAGGACGAGGCAGAGGCUGGCGUGGAGCGGAAGAUGGAGGAGGUGAAGGAGAGUGUGAGGAAAGCUCGGGUGAGCCGCGUCAAAGCGGAGGCCCGGCUGGCCCUGCUCGCUGAGGCGGGCGUGGACGUGGAGCCCGUGGUGAGGAGCACCAUGAGCCAGGCCGAGGAGGAGCUGCAGAUGGAGAGGAGGCUCAGCGAGGCCCGCAAGUCCAGUGGGGAGCCCGCCGCAGAGGAGGAUGAUUUUGAGUUCACAGACUUUGAGGAUUUUGACGAGAACGGCGACGCCUUCUCGGACUGGGGGGCCGACACCACCCCCUGCAGCUUCCCCAUUUCCUGCAGGGUACUUUACACGUACCAGGCCUCCCAGGCGGACGAGCUGUCGAUCACAGAGGGGGAGGAGCUACAGGUCAUUGAGGACGGUGACGUGGAGGACUGGCUGAAGGCACGCAACGCAGCUGGCCAAGAAGGUUACGUACCAGAAAGAUACCUGCAGUGGCCAGCAGAGGGUUCUGUCUCGAGUCUGUUGCCGAAGAACCUUCAGCUGGACUCGUCCUUCAGCAGCUGUGAAUCAUCCCCUAGUCUCCCCUGGAGGCAGCAGGAGCAGUCCCUGCACUCUGGGGGGAUGGUGCGGGCACUGUACGACUACCACGGGCAGAGCGUGGAAGAGCUCUCCUUCCAGGAGGGGGCGCUCAUCCGACUCCGGCGCUGUCGUCACGGCGAUGUUGACGAUGGUUUCUGGGAAGGGGAGCUGGAGGGCCGCGUGGGUGUCUUCCCGUCGCUGAUGGUGGAGCUGCUCGGGGAGGGAGCGGAGGAGGAGGAUGAUGGCGAGGAUGAGUGCUCAGCUGUUCCUACACUUCCCCUGUUCUCCCCUCCGGCCCCUGGGGAGUACACCGAGCGCUGCUCUGCCUCGGCGCCGGGGUCCUGGUCCGCUGACCCCGAGGCCCGCCUGGCUGCAGUGUACGACCUCCUGACGGUGAACCGAGGAGGUGUCAGCAGUGCCCGCAGUUCCCCCGACCUGAACGCUAGGAGGAUCAGGCCGGCCAGGGCACCCCCGCUGCCCCCUGUCCACAGGCAGUCCCCCGGACCCUGAACGCCAUGGGGUCGCAAUCCCCCAACUGGCCGAGGCUGGCUAGACUGCAGCAGCCCACAGCAGGCCCCCUCCGCUAUUUCUGGACUGUUCCCGGAUCUGUGCCGCUGAAGCUGAAGUCCCCUGUGGAGGGAAUCUCUCCUCGGUCUCCCCUGUGGGUAUGCCGGCUUGCUUCUGAGGGAGACCCUAUCCCCACGACUCGUGGCGCAGCAGUAUGCUGACUGGGUGGAUCAGCUGAACACCAGCAUUGGUCUGUCACCUGGCCACCAGUGCCAGAGAAGCCUGCCCUCAGGAUCGUGUACCUCUUAGUGCUGUGUGUUUGAGGGUGAAGCAUUUCCAGGUUAAAGCCAUAUUGAGUUAUUAACAUUUGUUUAAUUUUUAAGUAAUUUAAAGGGACGUCCAUGUUUUUAUUGUAAACUGUAAAAUGUAAGAUUAUUAAAACUUAUAACGUAUCUAAA